AUGGAUUUAAAUGAGAAGAAAUAUAGCGAUCAUCAUCCUUUUGAACCAAGAAGCGAGAUCGACUUCGAAGAUAGAAGCGUGCGCAUUAUUAAUGAUAAUGACAAUAACAAAACAUCUGCAUUUACUGUCCCCUAUUCGUCGACAUCUGCCGCAGAUGUUUCUAUGGGUUUACCGGUGGCCGUGCAAACAUCAAAACCUAUUGAUAUCGAAGAAAUAUCUAUUUACAAUAUAAGAACUAAGCGUGAACGUAAUUUUAUACUUGUGGCUCUAUCGAUUGUUGCUUUAUUACUUCCAUUAUGUGAUACGAUAUAUUUGCCUGCGCUCAACGACAUCCGAAAUAGUUUCAACACGUCUGAUAUACUUGCGGUAUUCAGUGUGUCAAUCUACUUGUUCACAAGCGGCCUUUUCAGUCUUGUUUGGGGAUCAAUAUCAGAUAGAUUUGGCAGAAAGAUUACGCUGAUUAUAGCACUUAUUAUCUUCUUGUUGGUGACAAUAGUAUGCAUAUUUGCUUCAAGUAUUGCUGUUCUCAUUGUUUUUCGUGCCUUAGAAGGUGGCUCUGUAUCAGCAACGUUGGUGGUCGGUCAGGCCUCAAUAGCAGAUAUCUAUCCUGAAGAGAUAAGGGGGUUAGCAUCAGGAUUUUUUUUCGUACUCUUCAACAUUGGCCCUGUAAUUGGUCCUUUCAUCGGUGGUCCAUUGUCAGGUGCUUUUGGUUGGCGUAGCACUUUUAUAUUUUUGACAAUUUUCUCAGUGAUUGUUCUCGCCGUGAUAUUUAUUCUGGUACCCGAAACUCAUCAGUAUUUCGUUAAAGAGCGUUUUCAUAAAGCAUAUUCCAACAAACGCAUAAUCGAUGCUAUGCCUAAUGAAAUGCCUCAAUUUCAGAAGCCUUGGGAACCGUUGUUCUAUUUAGCUGAUUUGACAAUAGCACCUUACAUUGCUUUAUCGACAAUGGCGUUUGCCACUUUAUUUGCCACCAUUACUCUCUUUCCUAUUUAUCUUCAUGAGAGUCCAUACAAUUAUACAGAAACAAUUAUUGGUGUACUCUACUUGCCUAAUGGAAUUUCACUGUUUAUAGGCAGUAUUCUUGGUGGAUGGUUGUCGGACAAAGCUAGUGAAUAUUAUGGACACGAAAAAUAUCCUGAAGGACGUCUUGUACCUGCUCUGAUCUUAUCCAUUCUCAUUCCAGUUGGAUUAUUAAUCGCUGGGUGGACAUUUCACUACAAGCUUCAUGUAAUUGGAUCACUUAUUGGUUAUAGUUUGAUAGGUUUCGGCCAAGCAGUUGUCGAAACAACUGUGUCAGCGUAUUUGACGAUAAAAAAACAGAAAGAAGCAGCAGCGGUAUGUGCUGUUAAUACUUUUAUCAUCUGUUGUGCAGCAGGUAUCUCGGUAACUGUUGCUGUUCCUCUCCAAAAUGGGAUGGGUACGGGACCUUACUUUUCUCUCAUGUGUGGUAUGAAUAUUGUCAUUAUAAUACUGGCUUCCAUUAAUGUCCGUGGGGCCCGAUCCGGAUCUGAGCUCGGAUGGGUUCAGGUUGGGCCUGAGUCUGAAAAUUUUGCUUUAACCGGAUCCGGGUAUCAAAGCUUUCACUGA